AUGAGAUUCAAACAGAUGAGGGUAGCCCUCAAUUCCGGACGCCGGCAGCUUGGGGGCUCAACCCAAGUCCCUGGAAGCUUCGGUCGUGCAAAUAGAUGGUACGCGACACAUGGGCGGCCUUUGGCACACACAUGGCUCACAAAGACAGCAGAAGAGACAACACCAGAUGAUAUUCUGUCCAGUCUUCCUUCAGUGCCUGUGAGCCCAUCAGCUGCGCCCGCUUCUGUCCCUCUCCUCCUCGUCACCCCAAGCUUCGCCCACUGGCUCGAUCCUUCUAGCCCUUUCUUGUCGCAAUUUCUCAGUCGCCUUUACAGAAACUCACCGAGAAACGAUACUCUCUAUGCCGUUACAGCUGUGGUUGAUGCGCUCCCGAAUACUACAUCCGAAAACCCACAUUUAAGUGAGUCCGAAGGGCUGUCGCUUCUGGCAAUAGGGCAAUCAGGAGUCCAGGCGAAGGUUGCACCACCCCGUCUCAUCAGAAGCUCUGCUAGUGAGGAAACAAAUCUAUUGUUUUCAUUUCGACCCGAAGUGAUUGGUCCAACCGGCAAGGGACCUGCGCACGAGAUCGGAUUGCGCCUAGCCAACACUAUAUUUGUCAAUGGGAGAGAAACCACAAUCUUUGGUACACGCUGGCUUUGGGAUAAGACCUCAAGCGGAUAUACCUUGGACAGUUCGAUGGAUUUCACAAGCUGCAUGGUUACAGCUACUUCCCAGGCUGUACAUACCACAUUGGAGUUGCCAUUGCAUCCGGUGACUGAACGACGAAGAGUCAUGACUAGCAUGGGAAACAUUUUACGGCAACUAGCAAAAUCGACGGAUCUGACGUCGACGGACACAAUGCCUGCUUCGUCAGAACUCGAGAGGGAGCUCCCGCGUUACAUCGCAGAACAUAAUAUUAUUGACCAGCGUGUAUCCGUAUGGGCGCUUGUCGAGAAACCUGACUUGGAUGUGGCUGAUCCAGGUUCAUCUACUCAUGAUCGCUUGAUCCAAUCUCUGCGCCAAGGUGGAAAAUUGCAUCGUGUCAUGAGCGGUGGAGGCGGAUGGGGAAAGAAGCAAGGCCUCCUUUCGCUGGAUCCUGAAGUCGGCUUCUCAGGGACUGCCAACCAUGAUGAUCUUGUCACAUUGAGUCAGGUUUUUGAUCCUGAUACCACACAGUUGGACACACUCCCUUCUAUUGAUAAGGGGAUUACUGUAGAUGAUCUAUCUCUCCUUUCACAGGUUGCUACUGCGGGGGAUUAUAUUCAGUUCUUUGUGUCGGUAGAACCGACUGGGGCACAGGGCAAUGUUUCAAGCAAUCGUGACUCACAGGAAGAGCCUAUCAGUUAUCACUUUGGAAUGGUUGCAGACUCUAUGGAACUUGAGACACAUGAAGCGGAUGAAGACAGCAAUGGGGUCGUUUCUCUGCCUCACACCUUUGGAGCAUUGUCCGAGAAGGCGAUUGCUUACUCGCAGCCUAUCAAAGGAGAAAUGGCGUUAGAGUCAUGCACGAAGCUAAAUAUUCCAGGAUCUCGAGUUGUCCUCGAAACUGUAUAA